AUGCACCGCCGCGUCCUAGAGUUCCCCUAUUGGGUCUCAGAAUUGGCCAAAAUUGUGAUCUACAGAUUACUCAAUCCAAACCCUAGCACGAGGCUGAGCUUCAACGAAUUAAUCAAGCUCUCGUGGUUUAAGAAGUCGUUCUCGCAGGAGAAUCUGAGGUCUCAAAGCGACAACAAGGUGGGAUCGGAGUUUCUCGAUCCUAAAGGGUUCAAAUUCAUAACUAGAGCGGAUGUUUUCUACUUGAUCUCGAUGUCGUCGGGUUUGAAUUUAUCGGGGUUGUUCGAGGAGGAAGGGAGUAGUAAGGAGAUGAGAUUUACCAAUGCAAUGGCAGUGGUGGAGAUUGAGGAGAAGGUGAGGAAGGCUGGGCUCGAAUUUGGGUGCACAGUGGAGAGAAGGAAGGGCGGAGGUAUCAGGCUGGUGAAGGGGAUGGCGGUGGCGGUGGUGGUGGAGAUAUGGGAGGUCGCGGCAGAGCUGUGGUUGGUGGAGUUGAGAUUGAUCGACGGCGGCGCAGCGAAGUUCGGUGAAGAAGGUUCAACGCAACCUAGCAAGAACAACAACCAAUUUCAAAAUCAGAUUUCCAAUUUCAUGAUCUGGAAACGUCGAUGGCAGUCGUAG